CGUCUUGGCUCUUCAAAGAGAAAGAGCAGUGGAGGAAUCGGCAGAAUUUUGAAGGAGCAAAAGGCGAGGUUGUACAUCAUUCGACGAUGUGUUGUCAUGCUUCUCUCCCACCAUGACUGA